AUGGUGGACCAGGGUGCCCUGGAGCCCAAGGGCAAGUGUGGAGCUCUGGGGGUGGGUGUGGUCAUAACUGCCCCAGCCUGGCUACACUCAGCUCUCUUCUCCCUGCCGAUCCCUCAGCCCUGUCUGCAGUACUGGCCCGAGCCAGGCCGGCAGCAGUACGGCCUCAUGGAAGUGGAGUUUGUGUCAGGCACUGCAGAUGAGGACUUGGUGGCCCGUGUCUUCCGGGUGCAGAACAUCUCUCGGCUGCAGGAGGGGCACCUGCUGGUACGGCACUUCCAGUUCUUGCGCUGGUCCGCGUACCGGGACACCCCUGACUCCAGGAAGGCCUUCCUGCACCUGCUGGCGGAGGUGGACAAGUGGCAGGCGGAGAGCGGGGACGGACGCACCGUUGUGCACUGUCUAAAUGGGGGAGGCCGCAGUGGCACCUUCUGUGCCUGUGCCACGGUCCUGGAGAUGAUCCGCUGUCACAACCUGGUGGACGUUUUCUUUGCUGCCAAAACGCUUCGCAACUACAAGCCCAAUAUGGUGGAGACCCUGGACCAGUACCACUUUUGCUAUGACGUGGCCCUGGAGUACCUGGAAGGUCUAGAGGCGAGAUAG